ACAACUGGCCUAACCAAUCAAAUGACGAGGUGCAGUUCUCACACUCGUGAAGUCCGGAUUGUUGCAAGGAUGCUCCGUUUUUGCGCAAGGCUCAAGAAAGCUAAUACAGAAAUCGUAAAAGGGCCUCUCACUGCUGAUGAACUAUACCGCGCUUUGUUAUGCAUUGUAUGGAACGUGCAACAACAAUAUUUUGCUGGAGGUAUUCGUCUUUUGCAGAAAGAGUCAACAACAAAUGGCAUGCUACGUAAUCUAAACCCUUUCUUGGAGUCUACUCAUGACUUUGAACUGUUGAAAGUUGGCGGACGACUUGAAUUGGCAGAUCUUCCAGAAAGCAGAAAGCACCCUAUUUUAUUACCUAGCAAAUGUGAAUUCGUCACGCGAUAUGUUCGACAUCUACACAUCAAAAACUAUCACGCCGGCCCGAAGGCGCUGGUGGGUUUAAUUCGUCUUCAGUUUUGGGUAAUUAAUGCACGCGAUAUUGCUAGACGCAUCGUCAGAUCAUGUAUACAUUGCAUUCGAUACAAGCCAAAACUACUCCAACACAUGAUGGGCAAUCUGCCUGUUGAACGCUUGACACCAUCGCGCCCGUUCGCCCGCUGCGGCAUCGAUUUUUGCGGACCGAUUAGCGUUUACCUUCGCAUUAGGGGCAAGGCUCCCUAUAAAGCCUACAUCGCCAUCUUCGUGUGCUUUGCUACAAAGGCAGUACACAUCGAAGUCGUCUCUGACUUAACCACGGAUGCAUUUUUAGCUUCGCUAAAGCGAAUGAUUGGAAGGAGAGGCCUUCCAACAGACAUCUUCUGCGACAAUGCAACUAACUUUGUCGGCGCGUGCAGCAAACUUGCGGAAUUGAAAGCGUUCCUUUUCAAGAAAGAGAACCAAAAUGUCAUCACCAAUUUUUGUACUAAUGAAUUUGUGAAUUUUCAUUUGAUUCCCCCCAGAGCACCUCAUUUCGGCGGCAUUUGGGAAGCCGCAGUUAAAUCAGCCAAGGGUCAUCUAAACCGCAGCAUCAUGAACGCCAGACUUACGUAUGAGGAGCUGACGACAGUACUAGUGGAAAUAGAAGCUGUUCUUAAUUCGCGGCCUAUCUCUCCACUCUCAUCUGACCCCAGCGAUUACGAGGCGUUGACUCCAGGGCAUUUCAUAACCGGCAGUGCGUUAAAAUCUCUACCGGAGCGAGCAAUAGCAAACAACAUCAACCUCGUCAACAAAUGGACUCAAAUCACCGCCAUCAAGCGCGAACAAAGUGGACCACUGACCAUGCAAACAUUGCAAAGGACGCUAUGGUUCUCAUCCAUGAGGACAAUGUGCCGCCACAGCGAUGGCAAAUUGGACGUGUUACAGAGGCCAUACCUGGAAAAGAUGCUCGAGUUAGAGUGGUCGACAUAUGCACCUCGAAGGGAAUCAUUCGCCGCCCUAUCCACAAAAUUGCAGUUUUACCAAUUUGAAAGUCCUUUCAACGGGGCCGGGAUGUUGGGUCACCUAACGACACACCCUGCAAGUUGGCGUAGGUCAAGAACAUCUAAAUACUUAUUUACUUCAUAUUCAAUUAUGUACUCGUUUAACUGUCGCAUUUUAUAUUUGUAAUAUAUGAGCAUGCACUCAAUUGUACAAACAGACACAUAUGUAUAAACUAAAACCUAACUUUGAUGCUCCCACAUAACUAAUUUGUAUAUACACACGCAUGUAUGCUUACAUAUGUACAUAUGCUAAUAUAACAGCGAGAUUUUGUCAUUUUGCUGUAUCACUCUUUCGUAUGUGCAUACAUAUUAACAUACAUACAUACAUUCACUACCUAAUAUAACUUGAAUUAUUACACUGAAUUGCCUUUUUGAGAACAUUAAAUAAAUCAGUCUACUGUUGACCACCAAGACGCCGUGUUUACCCUCGCAAUAUUUUCAGGUGGUUGUAGUUGAUAUCGGUUAAAUUGCACAGCCCAAUUUUCGAAGUUAGAUUCGUUUCGCUAACGUUCUGUUUGGAUCGCGGGUUGGAAAAAACCUUCCUCACCCUACAAAUAGUGUUGUUGCUUUAUGAAUACUUUUAUAUUAUUAUAAAUUAAAUGUGACCUUAAAUACAAGUCAAAUUAAAAUUUAAAUUAAUUAUUGGA